AUGGCUCGAACCAAACAGUCUGCACGAAAAAAUGCCUCUCCCUGUACACCUCCCUCUUCAUCGUCCUCAUACCAAUCCAGAGAGCGUUCUCCCUCUCCACCACCUCGCCCUUCACCACCACACACAUCUUCUGCCUCUCCAUCUUCUCAAAAUAGUCAAGAAGUUCUAAACCUCAUUCCUCUGUCUACCUUUCUUCCACCACUAUACAUUCGUCCUACACCAAACUACGCUCAAGUGCCUCCCCAUCUUCGCACCAGAAUCACUCCUCCACGCCGCUCCAUGCCCGUCCAGUCUAGUAUUGGUACGUCGAAAUCCAUGAACCCUAAGCCAUUUUACUUCAUCAUUUCAGACUCUAAGAGUGAUGACUCUUCUGAUUCGUGUCCCCCAGUAGCAAAAUCACCAACACAAACUGAACCACAAAGAAACACGAUGCCUACAGUACCAACACCUCCACCACAAAAUCCACCAACAACUACUAACCCUUCGACACCCUCAAAGUCGGCUUUCUCUUCUGAACCUUCACACCAUCCCAAACGAUCUUCCCCUAUAUCCACAUCCUCUGAUUCUGAACCAUCUCCCCCAACUAAGAAACCAAAACAGAAUGCUCCUCCUCUAAUCUCCCUUGCAAAAUCAAAACUCUUCAAUGAAAAAUGGGCUCAACGCCCAAUCGGGAUAGGAAGAAUCUUUGUUUUUGAUAAUCUUGUUGUGGAUGGCAAUGAUGUUCAGCACCAUACGAAUGGAGUGGAAAUCAGAUUGACUCCAGACAUUUUGGCCAACAUCCUUCAGCUUCCAACAGAAGGGCCAUCUGUCUUUGGUGACAACUGGUAUUCAGCUCUGGGUCUUAGAAAGACAGAUGUUUUGGCCGAGCUGUUUGAAGAAAACUCCACACGUUAUUUAGCCACUUACUUAAAGCCUCUUCCUAAUGUUUUCAACAAUAUGUGUCAACAUACUCUGCUUCCACACUGUGGAAAUCAUGAGUACGUCUCUGAUAAUGACGUCUUGCUCAUCUAUCAUCUGUUAAACUGCAAGAGAUUGAAUUUACCUCAUGUUAUUCUCCAGCACAUGAUCUGUGCAGCCCAAAAAGAUUACAAAAAGAAUAUUGUGCCUUAUGGCAUGAAAACCAGUUCCUCCAUUUUUGGCAUAAGUCAGUUUUUGAAUUUUCCCGCUACUGCUGACCACUCUACCUCAUCUCUUGGCCCCAUACCAUCUAUUUCAUCUUCUUUUGCCUCUCUUACAUCCUUAUAUGCCAUGCCUAUUCCCUCCAACACAGUUGUUGCUACCUCUUCUCAACCCUCCGUUCACCUUCCCUCCACUAACACCUUAGUUGCACCCUCAAACUCUGAUAUCAUGGCCGCUCUCCAGAUCAUCAUGUUCUGCCUCUUUUGA